AAGGUCUACGAUUUAGCUUGGAACCAGAAUCCUGGUCUUCUGUGCUAAUUUUGAUUCCCAUCGCUUGUCGCUUGAUCGCAGAUCUUGGAAUGAUAUUUGUGUUCGCUACUUGUGCACAGUGCAAAAAGUCUCAUGCCUAGCAUCCACAUGAGUUGUGACACUACUACGACGGGAAGAUAGUUUUCUUCGGGAGAGCCGGGUUUUCGAAUCGAGGAGAGUGGAGGAGAGAAAAGGAGAGAAUGGAACUAGUUUUCUUCGGGAGAGCCGGGUUUUCGAAUCGAGGAGAGUGGAGGAGAGAAAAUGAGAGAAUGGAAGGUGCAGGUGAGUCCAUCGUUAGUCACGCUGCUGAGCUUGCGAUACGGGAAAUGGACUCCGCACACGAGGAGAGGCUUCCCUCCGCCAUCCAGGACCUUGUACGGCGUCUGGAAGGACAAGGCGAGCCUAUAACGCGGCUUCCCGAUUUAAGCUCGCCAGAAUUUCGGGAGUUCUUUCGUGCAUCACUCUCGACAAUCAUAGGGUGGCGAAGCCAAGUGCGUUUUCGAGUGCUGGAGGCAAUUGGCAGAUGCAACACCCUUGAGUAUCUGAAAGUGCGUGAUAUUUGUGAGGGAGAUCUAUCGAGGUUGACGGCAAGCGAGUGGGAGUGGAUUUUGAGAGGAUUCAUUUCUAGCACUGUUCUACGACGGAUAGAUUUUUUCGGUUUGACCUGGAAUUCAGAUGCGGAAGUGGAGUACUGGUGUUUACAGCUGGGGAGAAUUCUGAAUUCCUCUAGCCUAGCAGAAUUGAAUAUAGGGAACCCCCCAUAUACAAUGUACAAUAACCGUCCGAAAUUGAGUCCCAGAUUGAGUGCCAGAUGUUUCUUUAAUCUCGCCUCAGGACUGCGAGGACAUUCCGAUUCUAAACUUAAGUCUUUACACUUACAUGGCGCGUGGGAGGACGAGAGUGCGGUGAAGCAUGUGGCUGACAUGAUCAGCAGUGCUCCUCUGUUAGAAACGUUGCGUUUAGGCGGCUAUUUGAACCACAUUGAAGACUUGACCGUUGGAAUCCUGUCCCAGGCUUUGAUCAAGAGCUCGUCCCUGAAAGAAUUGGAGUUAGGUGAGGUAGUAUGGGGAGAGGCCUUGUUGCUGAAAGCUUUGGCCGGAGAUGAUCGCAACCGAUCCAUUGAGCGUCUUCGGCUGUGGGGUUUGUAUACACUCAUUGUGGGAACUUCUUGUUUGAGGGAACUUCUUAUUUCCAACCCAUCAUUGAAGGAAGUGGAGUUGAAGCCUGAGCUUUGUCACCAGCUCGUCGAAGUCAUACGUGACGAUGCUAUAGCGACAACUAUACUUGUUAAGUUUCACUUCAAACGUGAUGACUCGAAGUCAAUACAAGGUGAUGACUGGAAGUCAAUAGAAGGUAUGGCUUGCUCUGCUAGCUCCGAUGUCAGGGACCCCACAGUGGAGCUUGAACUCUUUACUUUAGGGGAAGAUCAUGUGAUGUUAUCAUUAAACCUAUUAGGUAGGGUACUGCGCGGGGAAGUAAAAUCUCUAAAAUCACUGAGUAUAUUUGAAGGUGAUAAGAAAAUUAUCACGUUCAGUAUCCUCCCGAUGAAUGGGAAAACUGGAGAAACUUCAGUCCUGAAGAGACUGGAAUUAUCUGUUGGAAGCGAAGAUCUUUCGAAGGGAGUAUGGGAGGACCUGCUUUGGUGUAUGCGAGGGAACCACCUCACUCACUUAGAUUUGUCUAACUCCGAACUCGAUGAGGAGGCGUUCAGGGACCUGAUGGGGGUCCUACAAGUGAACUUGGCUCUCCAAGAAAUUGACGUCUCACGAACAUCAUGGGCAACAGACGGAAGGGCGGCACAGAUUCAAGAGGCCCUGAAGCAGAACAAGGAGCGGGCCAGCUACAUGUCCGUGUUCCGGGAAGCCAACUUAACAUUCGGAGAUGCAAAAGCUGGCCGACUCUUCUUAUGCGGCUCUCCUCGAGCAGGAAAAACUCAACUGCGUAAAACCUUGAUGAGGAUAAAUCAUAGCUGGCUACGCAGAAGCAGUCCAUUCAUGAAAUGGGAGGCAUUGUGGAGGACCAAAGGGAUUGAAGUGGAGUAUUUGUCAAACAAUGACAAAAUGCAAAUCUCAGUUUGGGAUCUUGCAGGACAAUGGAUUUUCCGUACCCUUCAAACCGUACUCUUCCCUCAAACCAACAAUUUCUGUGUUUUUGUUUUUGUGUAUAGCCCUUUCUGUGAAGAAACAUCUUCAAUCAAACCAGAAUCUUGUUUCAAAACUGAGUUGGAGGAGUGGUUGAGUUUUAUAACAUCUAGCACUAAGGUCACAGGACGUGAUCUUCCCCAAGUUAUUGUUGUGAUUUCUCACAAGGAUAAACCCAUACCUAGCUCUUUGAGUUGGGCUCAUCCCAUAGUGGAAGAAUUGACUAAAAGAUUCGCAAAAUUUGUGGAUCUUCGUCCUAUUCAAGAGUGUUUUCAUGUGGAUGCUCGGAAGAAGAAGCAAGUUAGUUCUCUUAACAGACACAUUUUUGAGAAUUUCCACAAGGUGUUGAGAGAGAAAUCCCCACAAGUUCCCGAAUUGUGUUUACAACUCACCUCUCUCUUGGCUACAAACACCAAGAAGAACAAAAGUUUUCCUUUGUGGCCAUCCAAAAAGUUUUAUGAUUUUUGUGUUUCCGAUUUGAAAAAGUUCAUUCCAUCAUCUUCUGCUCACUCUGUUGAACAUUCAAGGAUAAUGCAAUCUAUCAUAUCCUAUUUGAAUGAUGUUGGAUCCAUCAUUUACAUCCCCAACCUUGAUUACAUCAUUGUCGAUCCCAACUGGCUCACUAAUACCUUCUUAGGUGAGCUCAUAGCUCUGGGUCAAAACUUUCAAGCUCAAGAGCCAGAAUCUUCUUAUAGUAUGAGCUCAUACGCAAGCAAGGACGGAUUUGUGAGCGAGAUUGUCUUUGCUGGACUGAUAGAGAAGUUUCUGAAAAAGCAACCACGCUUUCAAAAUGUGGAUAGAAAGGUGCUUGAAAACAUCCUCAUCAAUUUAGAUUUGUGUUUCAAGCUGGAAGAUAAUUCCAAGUAUUUCAUUCCUUCCUUCAUCCCUGAGCAUGCAAGCAGGGAGGAACAAAAUGAUCAAGAAGGGGCCCAAGCGAAGAAGUGGAAAAAUAGCAGUGAGACUUCAAAGUUUGUCGGCAUUCGGAUUCAAUGCCAAGAUGAAACAACAAUGUCACUGACUGCUGCUUUUUUUCCACGCUUCCAGAUGUUCAUGAGACGCAAGUUGAUAUCCAAGAUGGGUGUUUCCGAGGAGAAUGUCACUUGUUCUCGACAUUAUCUGCAACUUUUCCAUGACGGGCAUCGGAUAUAUAUCGAGCACGUUCAGGGUGAAAAGUCUCACAAAUUCGUAGAUGUUCUGAUGUUAUGCUCUAGUCAGAAGUCAAAGGAGGUGGCUAUUACAUACGUGAGGAAGCAUAUCGUCCAGGAGUUGAUAUCAUUUUGCGCAUCACCGAAAGGCUGUCCGGGGGUGGCGUUAGUGCUUGGUGUGAUUCAAAAUUUUUGCGUGGAGAUGCUGAUUCCAAGUCAUCUUAGAGGAUCCAUUUUGAUCGAGCAGCUGAAAUCGGACUUCCUUCGUAGCAUCAAUGAGAAACUUGAGGAAAUUCCGUUGGAAAGGUCGCACUUGAUAAAGAAGGAAGAUUUGCUUGACUAUGAGCAUUGUUGGCCUGAGAUUGGAAGGUACACCAGCGAGAGAUCCGAACGAGCAAGAGAUCUGUUGUUCGAGAGCGAUCUGGAAGUAGUUGUGAAUGAGAUUCGCCAGAAUCGAGAUCAACAAUUGAAGUCAUUGCACGAAGGUAUAAUUAGCGUGGAGGAUGAUUUGGCUCAAUGUUAUCCUGAAGGUGAAACCAUGGUUAGCGGCUCCAAUGUCCUCCAAAUGAAAGACCUCAAACCACCUAGAUCCAACUUCUUGAGUCGAUCCAUCACAAGUGUGGAAAAUCGUUCAACCCAACUUCUUUUGUCUAAGAUCGGCCAGCUAGAAGAAAAGGUCGAUGGUUUGAAUAGAAAGGUUGAUGAUUUGGAUGAGAGGUUGAGAGAAGUGCAGAGCAUCAUGCGAAGAGUGGACAUGAAAGUAGAACACAUACUCUCUGUGCAACAAGAACUGCAGUCAAAGUUGAGUAUCUUCAUGUCUAAGGUGGACAUGAUCAUUGGCUAUUCGGAAGCUUUUCAGCAGGGGAAUACACCCAAACGACCUUAUGUUACGGACGAUGUGGGACUUUUUUGUAGGUUGAGUGCACGUCUGCAUGUCGGGAAAAUUGUUCGAUUACACUUGAUGUGUGAGUCAGUGACUGGUUUUCACACUGUAGAAGAUCAAGAAGGGUUGAAGAUACGAUUGGAUUCGGAGAAGUGGGGGUGGAUUCGGAAAACUAUUGAAAUUUCAUACAAAGUCAUAUAUUAUGCUGCAAAGGCUGCACUGACUAAGUUCUGCGAGUUGGGCGAUGCGAUUCCGGCCUGGGAAGAUUUGGAAUCGGAUAUUGUUAAACUAGAUGCUAUUAGCAGUGAAGAUCGCAAUGCAGUUCUAACAGGUGGGUAUAGCCAGGAGCUGCAAGAAGCAUGGUCGAGGAUUCAACAAAUUCUUGAGCCUGAGCUUCAAAGUCGCUAUUCCAAAAUCUUCAAGUUGUAUCUGGUGAAGUUAGAAAAAGGUGGGCAUGCAUGGGUGUGCGAGAGGUGCAUGAAGAAAGGCCGUGAUUGUGGAAUUUUGACAUGUUAGGAUUUAGAAGAGGUUAGAAUGCCACUAUGCAAUUGACAAGCAUAUGUUUAGAUACUCAUGCAAUAUACAACUCUGCAAAUUCUUCCUUGUAGUUUUCACAAGGAAGAAGUCUUCUAUAAUUUUUGCCAUCAUGUCAAUUGCACAGUUAUGUUUCUGAAGAAAACUAAACUAUGAAGAU